GACAAACACUCCUGGUGCUGGUGCAUACUCAUACUUCCCUGCAUUGUACGACAAAGUCACGCGCUUCAUCACGGCUGUCCCUGUCCCUGAACCAGGAUCUUCCUCAGUUACUGUCAUACGCCCUGUUGCAAAAUAUGAACGACAAUGGCGGUGUGUUUUUAUAGAACCUCCUGAAAAGUGUAACCCUCGAUCACCACAAACAACCGAAAAAGAGUCUGGAUCGAUGAGAUGACACUUAUUAAUUCCAGUGUUUAUAUUUUCCACAGUGUAUACAAAACUGGAUCGCGCUCUUUUGUGAGUUGUAAGAGAAUUUCACGAGAAAAGAAAAGGCAAGUUUCAUCGUGGGCUGUCGAGGUUUAGAUGUAACUUGGUAUCACAAUGUCUGCCGACAAUGUAAUUGUAGCCGUGUGUUCCGUUGGAGCAGGUGCAAUGGGCCUCAUCGCUGGACUACUCAUCAUGUUUGUUUACAAAAAUUGUCAGACUAAAGGGGAUACUACUGACGCGGAGAUUGGUCCGCCACUCCCCCCAGACCCUCGACCACGGGAAUACUACUAUAGGGACGAGGGCUUUAACACUAGACCCUUGGAGAAGAUGGUACCCACGUCCCCUCCUAUAACGUGUGACGGAGAGAGUGGUGUAUACUGCAGAAUUUCAAAGUUUGACAUUCCAGUAGUGACAGAGGACGCUGCUAACCAGACCGAGAGUGAAGGGGCUGAUAACGUUUACCUGGUCAAAUUUGAACAAGCUGUCCAAUGUGACAUCAUCGGCACAUGUUCUCCGCCCUCGUCAGACCCAACAAUGACGUCGAUGGACCAUAAGGGGACUAUGUCUUAUUCAGCAUACAGACGUCACGUGAGGGAUGCGUUUAGUACGUUACAGGUUCUGUCUACAGCGACCCUGAUUGACCAUACUGGGACAUUGGCGCGUCAAAACGAGAUAGCAGACAACAACGAUGUACUGGUAUUAAAACUUACAGCAGAUCUCCGUUCUUUUCUCCACACAAACGGUUUGUGUGAGGCAAUGUCUCCAGAAAGUACCCCCGUCAAUACACUUCAGACAGCAGACGGUAAUUCUCGUCCUGUAAGGCAGACCCAUGUUCCCCUGCAGACGCCAAGUCGUGGGAACAACAGUAAUAAAGAUUGUGGAAGCGCUAGUAUGGCUUCAGAGUCGGGAUCAGUGUUGAUAGCAGACGACCUUUACAUGAACAACGACGCUUAUUUACCCAUGGAUGGUAAACAAGAAGAGGAUUAUUUGCCUAUGGCAAAUUUAUCGGAAAAUGACGACUAUCUACCUAUUUGUGUUGAAAAUAAUUUAUCAGGAAACGGCGAUGAUAACAAACCAUUACAUCAAGACAACUAUUCGUACUUAUUAUCACUCCAGCAGAAACAGGAUUCAACUAAACCAAACAUAGAAUGUGACAAAACUUCACCAAAUACGGAUAAUAAGCAACUUCCGGUUGCACAUGACGCUUCCGGUCGCUGUAUGGAUGGUCUUGACGGUCAGAUCGCAGAUACGUACAAUGAGGCCAGCGACAAUGAAUAUGAUACUAUAGACUGUGGAAGUCAGGAUGAAUCGCAAGAUGAGGAUUAUUUGUCGAUGACAACAAAAACAGCAGUUAAACAUGAGGACUAUUAUAACUGUAAUGAUCUGAAGAAAAAUGACGACGAUGAUUAUCUUCCGGUCAAUGAACAUACACUUCCGCGCAGAUGCGGAAGUUCUUCUCACAACCCUGAUUACGCUAACUACCUACCCAAAGGUAGGCAAUCACCACAAUGCUGACAGUCAAUGGAUGACGUAUUGAUGUCAUGACGUGUUGGUGUAUAACACGGGAUAUCCCAUGAUGCACUUUACCGGUUUUUACAGGUUCGACCUUACUUCACUACAAUGCGGAAUAUGAAGUGGUCCAAUAAACGCACGUUGCCUCUUUUUAAUCAACUAUAACGGGGAAUUUUAAAAAUUGUAGGAUAUGGCCGCUUCGUACAGGUUAAACAUUAAUUCACUAAAAUGAGUAAAAAAUGUUUUGGUCUCUAAAGCGAGGUCCUGUGUGUAAACGACGAAUAAUAGCAGUUUGGAAUUGGAAAUAGCCAGGAAGGAAGUUUAGCUAUACAAAUAGUGGCAG